CUCCCGGGCUCCGAACGCCCGCCCUGCAGAGCCGGCCAGCCCCGCCGCGCGCUCUGCUCUGCUCUGCGCGCAGCGCCCACUUUGGGAAGUCGCCCCUAAGGUGCCCUUUGCGGGGAGACUUUUUAACCUUCCUCCCGAAGGCACAAAAUCUCCUCUUGGAAGCAGGGGAACGGAGCAGCCUGCUCGAUUUCGAUUUCGGGAAAGCCACUUGCUUUAAGUUAAGCCUGGAACCCGUCUUUACAAUAACUCUUUGUACUUUGUUUUCAGCAGGUGACGGAGGGGACAUUUGGCCGGAGCCUGAUGCUGCUGCUGAGUUUGGCCUGGCAACGGUCUCUUCCGCAACCUUUGGGAGUCUGGGGACAUUUGCUAGGAAGUCAGCCCUGCCGCUGCCUGAGAUCUGAAAUAAAUAUUUGGCCAACAUAUAUGCCUAUUUGGAUUUUCGCAAUGUGCCACUGUUGCCUCCCGCAUUCCUGCCUCUGCUUGAUUUGGGGUUGGGAAGAGUGAAAACACGAUCAUGUGGCAACCUCCAACGCUGGCAGAGGAUUUGGGGGGCAUUUCGGGAGCAGGCAACGUUGCUUGAAAUUAAAAUUGUCUGAAACUUAACCUCGGCCCUUUAGCCUUGAAGGAAAAAACGAGCUUGCUUUUCUGGAAGAAUUCAGUUUAUUUGGAAGCGCUUCACAGUUGCUGGAGUUAAUUUUGCCAAUGCUUGUUUGAUACACGUAUCAGAGACUCGUUGGCGAUCUGGAAUUUUCUUGAACAUUGACUGGAUUUACGCGGGGGCAUUUUGGAGUUGGGAGAAAGUUGGAAUCAAACCUCAAUAUUUAACGAAGUUGGAGGAGUGGAGAAAACUUGCAAAACGUAAAGAUAUCUCUGGUAAAUAUUGCUUGUUCUCAGGGAAAAAAAACCCACCCUGCCUGCUGGAUAUUUCUAAAGGAACUUCUGGAUUGGCUGUCUUUUAUUCUGAAUUUAAGAGGAAAAGUUUCUUGGCAGAUGUGGGUUCAUAAUCUGGGCCUGCUCAUUGCCAAGAGGAAACCAGAUUUCUUUCUCUUUUUUUCUUUUUUUCUUUUUUUCUUUCUUCUUUUUUUUUUGGAUUUCAUGACAUUGCAAAAUCUGUUGCUGUUCUCCCUAUUUCAUUUUUUUUAAAAACAGCUUUGGAAAGAAACCCUGUAAAUGUCUCUGGGCUGCUUUUCCACUUUCUGCUCGCAUCGAGGAUCUCUGUUCCAACUUGUUGGAUUCUUCUCCGCCCUCCCUCAAUCCAUUCAGCCUGGAAACAGUUGGACUUACUCAGAUAACUUUUCUGGGCGCGUUUUGCUGACCCAGAGAUUUGGAAAACCUCACCAAAAUUGCUGGGGAAAUAAUAAUAGGGAAUUGCAAAUUGCAACUGGCCGAACUUCUGAGGAACUACAUUCACGGUGGUCGAAAUAUAGGAACCGCUUACUUUAUUUGGGAUUUUUUUCCCCCACUUUGCAUUGGAAUAUUCACUGGGAACCCUCUUGCCAACAUUGUCCAAGGAACCUUUGGAGAGUUAAAGCUUCUUCUGUGUGGCUUGCUUGCCAGUUUAAGAUAACGAAAAAUCGAUUUUAAAUUUCUCAGGAAUCUUUUUUUUUUUUUCCCCUCCCUCUGGGCACAAAGUACAGAGCGAAGGACAAGCACGCUUCUAAAAACUGGAUUUAUUUUUUCAAGAGUCUGAAUGUAUUAAGGUGUCGUUUUGGUUCGCUGGGGUCUUUUUGCUUCUGGUCUUCUUGCUCCUUUGUUUGAUGUCAGAGGCCCAACAUGUCUGUAAGUGCCCAGCUGUGCCGCGCGCUGUACGAUAACACUGCCGAGUGUCCGGACGAACUCUCGUUCCACAAGGGAGACCUGAUGGUCCUCCUCCAGCCCGAAGGGACAGGCCUGGAGGGUUGGCACUUUUGUUCAUUGCACGGCCAGCAAGGGAUCGUGCCCGCCAACAGGGUCAGGGUCCUCCCUGAGUCGGGAUCCCCUGGGCCAGCCGCUCACCCGAAUCACACCCCAGCAGAGGUCUACCAGGUGCCGAAGAAUGAGGGUCUUCUGGUCGGAAGGAUCUCUGAGGGGCCCGUGGAGGAGUGGAAAAAAAGAGACCAGGGGAAAGAAGAACAAGAGGUGUAUGAGGUACCACCACCUGCACGGCCCUGCCCGCUGCCCCCAGAGGGGAUCUACAGGGUGCCUCGGGGUACCCGAAGGGAAGAAGAUCCCACAGAGGUUUACGACGUGCCCUCGUCCUUGCUCCGGGACGCGCUCUCGGACACUUACGACUCGCCUGCCCCACGUGCCAAGAAAGUGGCCCGGGUGGCCCCCCAGCCCACCGCCCCCCCGGAUUUGGACGAGGCCUACGACGUGCCGCUCGCCUUCAAGAAGCCCCUGGCCCAAGAGGAGGAGGAAGGAAGCGGCGAAGGGCCACUGAUCUACGCCAUCCCAUCCAAUUUACGCCGCGCUUCCGCCUUGCUUAACUUGUACGAGUCCCCCGAGGAUGUCCGGGCAGGCGGGCAGGAGGAGGAAGAGGAAGAGGAUGGGGGCAUUUAUGAUGUUCCUCUGCUGACGCCCAGCACUCCACCCCUGGAGGGGGCCCUCCAAGGACUCAGCCUGAGGGACCCGGGGCCCCCCACCCGUCCCCGGCUGCCUUCCGCGGAGAGCCUGUCCCGUCGCCCACUGCCCGCUCUUCCUAGCGAGGAACGUCUCUCCGGGGAGGUUCCCCCUCCGUCGCCCAGCAUCGUCCGGAAAGGCAGCAUCCAGGACCGGCCGCUGCCUCCCCCUCCGCCCCGGCUGGGGGGUCUCAGGGCAGGAGAGGUGCUGGACCAAGCCAGGCACGACGUCCACAACGAAUACGAGGGGAUCCGUCUGGCCGACGAGUACGAUUACGUUCACCUCAAGGUAAGGGCAGCCACAGCACGGGGCAGGUCUCGAUCCAGCUGUUGACGUCGGGACGUAAUCCAGAUACCGCUUUGCUUUUAUCCUGAGCGGACCCCCAGCCCUUGGGCUUUUCUGCGUCAGAGGCCGGCGACCCCUGGGUCGCAGCCUUCUGCAAGUGCCGCCCCCCAGGCCAAAACCCCACGGCUGAAAUUCAGUUGCCGAACAGCUGGAUUUCAGGAGUCCAUCCAUGAUUUCUUUUUCCCCCCAAAAUUAAACUUAGCCCAGAGUCUUUCCAAACAGCCCCAAAUUAGCAAUUAUUUCAAAAAGGUGGGGGGGGGCAUAAUGAUGGGAAUGGGAAUCGUUGCCUGCCAGGGACCCCUGCUCCUUCCCCUCCCCCCAGAAACUGCCCCCAAACAAGCUACAAGCCCAAAGCUAAAGAAGUUUCACUUUGUCUCGUCCGGAGAUGCGACGCCGUCACCCUUUGCUUCUCUGCAGCCUUUUGUAGGUGGGGAUGGAAAAACUCAAGAUAGCAUAUGCACCUGUGCAAUUGAAGCCCUGCCCCCUUUGCACACAACACACCAAAAGGGGCAGGGCUUUGGCCACGCCAUUGCUGGCGCCCCCUUGACUUUUUUGACCUCCCCUGCAUGUACCUUUGGAUACAUUGCAGCCCUCGACUCCUCAGACGUUGCAGACUCCUUCCAAAUUGUCUCUAGAUCCACGUGCUUC